CACACACGCGCGCACACACUCUCACAUAUACACGCUCUCGUCUCGAGCUCCUCUCAGACGCUCGCUCGCUCGCUCGCGCACUCACUCAGUCAGUCAGUCAGAAAUUCAGUCACACACACAGACACGCUUGCACGCGCGCGCUCGCUCGCCCGCCGUCCCUCCGAUGCGAUCAGCUCGCGCUGAAGAAGCUCGUGCGAGGCGGGGAAACGGACAGGGUCGCGCGGACGGACGCGUUUGAUGGCAGCAGCGCUCCUCACAGCCACGAGCUCCGCGCUCGCGCCGCCGGGACCGGACGGGUACUGCGGGGAGGACCCCUGCGCCCUCUUCCACUUCGACUGCAAGACCCCCCAGCCGGACAGGGUGUUGGCCAACGAGUAUGCGCAGGCGAAGCUCGAGAUGGACAAAUACCUGACGCCUCAGCUCCAGGCUUCUCCAUUGGCCAAGAAGGACCACCGCGAGAGCUUGUCGGUGGUGGACCAGUUGUUUGGGGACGACCAGGGCUCCCCGUACAGCAUCAACAUGAACGUCUACUUGCCUGACAUUGCCUACCUGCGCACUGGCCUGUGCCGCCCGGCCCGGUCUUCCCUCCCCAGCCAAGCCAAAAGCAAGCUGGUGAACUCCUCCCCCUUCUCCUCUCCACUGGACUGCCCCAUCAGCACCUCCAUUCCAGCCCCACCAACACUGCCAGAGUUCACCAGCAUCUUCAGCUCGGCUUCUGGACCGGGCGUCGGCGGAAUGGAUGCCUGCGAUGCUUCCUCCAGCAUCUUUGUCAAGCAGGAGAUGCCCUCUUUUGAGCUUCCCCAGGACGGCCACCUCUUCCACCUGCUCAACUCGGAGCUGGACGACCCAAUCCAUGGUGUCUCAGACUCUCAUAAUCACAACCACAACCAUGCCCACACCCAUGGCCUGCCCUCACAGGUGCCUUCCCAGGUGCCCUCGCAGGUGCCUGCCUUCCACGACCUGCACCUGCCUGCCCCACAGACUGAGGUCAAGCCCUACUGCGGCAUGCAGGCAUCUGGGUACCACAUGGGUCCGUCUCACUUCGCUCAGGGCCAGGCACAGGCCAAGUCCCCCUACCUCCCGCCCUCGCCGCCAAGUUCCGAACCCGGCAGCCCAGAUCGACAGAAAGAGCUGCUGCAAAACCUGACGCCUCCUCCGUCUUAUGCUGCCACCAUUGCGUCCAAAAUGGGGGUCCACACACCCAGUCAUCCCAUGCCCACAUCCUCGAGCACUCCUGCAAAUUCCGGAACUGUAGGCAUGCCGGUCCGCUACAACCGCAGGACGAAUCCUGACCUGGAGAAGAGGCGGAUACACCACUGCGACUUUCCAGGCUGUAAGAAGGUUUACACCAAGUCCUCGCAUCUGAAAGCUCAUCUGAGGACGCACACCGGCGAGAAGCCGUACAGGUGCAAUUGGGAGGGCUGCGACUGGCGCUUCGCCCGCUCCGACGAGCUCACGCGCCACUUCCGGAAACACACGGGAGCCAAGCCUUUCCAGUGCGCCGUGUGCAGCCGCAGCUUCUCACGCUCCGACCACCUCGCCCUGCACAUGAAGAGACAUCAGAACUAAUCACACACACUCUCUAACAAACACACACUUUUAUAUACUGUAUGAAAUUACUGUAUACACACACACACACACUGACAAUCAUCACACAUAUACACAGUACACAAAUACACAGAUACACACACAGGCCUACAUUUAUACAUUUUGUACAGGCAUAGCUACACACACACAUAUACAUAUACAUACUACAAAGCUAAUUAUGCACUUGAAGAGACACUAGAACAACACACACACACACAAACACUUUUGUAGCCAAUUUAGACGACCCUUCUUUAGUAUCUAAGGUGAAUUUCUCCCUUCAACUUGUUCACACUGUGUUUACAAGCUUCAGCUCCCAACCCAUCAGUCCAAUCUUUAAUAGUCUUUAAUAGAUCUGAUCUGCCCUCUAAAGCUAUUACAAAACAUGUAUAAUAAUUAAAAAUACAUAUAUAUAAUAAAAAUAAUAUAAUAAUAAUAAGGUGCAAGGGGGUGAAGGCCCUACAUACAAAUUAUAUUAUAAAAAAGCUACCAUAAGAUAAGUCUCUAUCUGAUGAACUGUAUAUGUAAGGACAGGCACACGCAGAUACCAAUAUAAAAUGUAUUAAUUAUUAAUUUUAUCGAAGCAGUUAGGCUUACAGGGGUAGUUAGAGACAGGCAGGGUCAGUAUCAAAAUGUCAGAGAUAAUAAAAAAACAUAUACCAGAGUGAAAAGGCAAAAUGAUCAUACUCGGCAAAUUCAACACGUAAAAGGCUAGGUAAAAAGAGAAAUCUAAAUACAAAAAAUAACAGUAAACAAAUGAUAAAAAGGGCAAAGCAAAAGAGUAAUAAAAAAACCCACAAAAUUGGGGCGUAACAAUAGUAAACAGACAAAAUAAACGCUUAGUAGAAGAGCUAAUAAAAAUAGAUUCAAAACCCAGCGAGGGAACAACAGUAACAGGAGGGUAUUUAUACAAAGACAGAUAGGUGUGGGCAAUAAAAAGCUCGGUGAGCGUGAUCAGGAGUUCAGAGCAUGCAGACUGACAGUAUAUAUCAUUUUAUAUAAUAUAACAGGGCUGCACAGUUCUCAGCAUUACUUAAUAUUGUUCCAGAAUUAAAAUUGUGUAAUCUCAGUAGAGCAAUGUUUUAAUUUUUAAAUUAUAUUUAUCUAUAUCUAUACAGUAACAUUAAUUUUACUCCAAACGUUGGGUAAACAGAGUGAUUUACUUUAUAUACUGACACGUUGGGUCACUGACCUUCAGUAAUGUUACUUGUAAAUUUUUUACCUUUUAAAGUUUAAUAGAACAAUAUAUAUUGCAUGAAAAUAUAUAUAUAUAUUGCUGUGUCAUUUUUUUCAAAAUAGUGCAGCCCUAUUAUAUAACACUGUAUAUAAUGCUAUUUAUUCUGCAUUUUAUAUAGUUAUAAAUGUAACAUUUUCACCGGGUGCUCUCUUCGGCCUACUGAAAGGUCAUAUUGGAAACAACUGUCAUGACAAAUGCUAUCCAGUUAGCCUACUCAACAAAUAACUGACCAAUUUAGCCUGAUAUUUUAAUCCUGUAUUAACACAUGUCCAACUAAAUUUACUCUCUAAAGGAAAAUGCCCUGUAAUAUCAAAUAUGCAGACACAUUUGUCAAAUUGCUUUAAAAAAUUUAGAAAUUAUGUUUAAUAUUAUUUAUAUUUCAGAAUUAAGAUGACGCAGUUUUAAACCCAACUAUAUUUAACUGUAAAAUUAUAAAACAAUAUAAGAUCUGUUGUAUGUAUUCAUGUAUGUAAUUCUCACAUUUCAAUUCAUAGUCAAAUCAGUAUUUUCUCUAGUUGUGGUAAAAAUGUGACAAAAAUGUAAAAUGUAUUAAAAUAUUUUAAAAUGAAGCUAAUUAAGUUAAAAAUCAAAUUUCUAAAAAAAAAAAAAAAAAAAAGUUGCCAAAUAUUACCAUUAAAAUCUGCUCAUUCUAAAGCACAAUUUAUUUUACCCUUUUUUUCUGCUUAAUUUCUUAAUUAAACAUAUACAACAAAUACAUAUUUAUUGUGUGCACAAUAAAUAAGGGCACUUCAUGUUUUACUGUCUUAAAAAUUGUCUUAAAAAAUCAGAAAUAAAUAUAAACUGUGCUUUUUUAAAUGGAAAAUGUAAAUUCUAAACAAUCACCCCCUUGCACCUUUUUUAAUUUUUUUUAAUUGAUUAAAACAAAUACAUUCAUUAAUUUUCUACAUAAUUACAGUUUUUUUUUAAACAAAUAAUUUUUAUCCCUUUUUUUAUAUUCCAAUUUUUUCACCCUAUUUUUCUGAAUUAGCUGUGACACACCUUCACCUGCUCUCUCUCUCUCUCUCUCUCUAUUUUCAUUUAUCUCACAGGUCUAUGGUAUUACUAUUACUGCUUUAUUACUGUUUUUGAUUUUUUUUUAUUAUUAUUUAGAACUGGAACUCAAUCAAAUUCAGCAUCUCUAUCUAUAUUUUUUCUUUUUUUUUUGGGUCUUUUAAUCUUUAAUAUCUGUAAAGCACUAAAAACUAAACCACAGCUCGCUUUAUGUGGAUGUGUUGAAGGUCGCUGUAGACUGGAACUGGUUUAGGAUCAUCACUGGAUCAAGUACUGUUCUAACUGGACCUGUGAUAUAAUAUCCGACCCCUCCAUUUGUGUGAGAGGCUCUCUCUCUCUCUCUCUUUCUCUCCGGUCGCUCGAGCUGACGUAUUUAUAGCUCGGGAAAAAGAGGACGGUAAUGUACUGCUACUGAACUGCAAUUAUGUCCUGAAUUAUUGAACGGCCGCAUAUAAAAGGAAUGAGGGCGAUAUUAAAGGGAUGCAGACAGCUGUAUGAUUUGUACAGACUUCUUUAUAUAUAUAUAUAUAUAUAUAUAGACACACAUACACACACACACACACACACACACUCACACACACACUUAGGCAUGGCAGCCAUUUAGUCAUUGAAGCAUUAGUUUGAAUGUAUAAGACUGCGCUAACUGGUCUUUACAACACUGUUGGAACACAUUUCAUCUUUAAGUGCCUUCUGGGGUUCUAUCUUCCUGUUAUUAUCUGUGCUACGUACUAAAGAUGCACUACUAAAGUCUUUAGUUAAAAAGAGAAGAACAAAAUAAAACGUAAAAAAAAAACUAAAAAAAAAAAAACAGCUGGUAACACUUCCUAUGAAUCCUGUAUUCAUAAUAUUAAUAAAACAUAGUAAAUGCAUUUUUAUAUAAUGCAUUAUAUGGCGUACAUAGUGUUGUAAUACCUUAGACACACUGAUAUUCUGUCAUGAUUAAAAUCAUGAUUAAUAUUAACUUUUCUACUGUAUUGCGUCUGCCUAGAACCUUUAUAUUUAUUUAUUUUAAUUUGCAUUAAAAAUGUUAACAUGUAUAUAUACAGCUCUGGAAAGAAUUAAGAGACCACUUCAGUUUCUGAAUCAGUUUCUGUCAUUUGUUUUUAAUAAUAAUAUCGUCAUUUAGGACAUUUAUUUGCAGAAAAUGAGAAAUGGCUGAAAUAACAAAAAAAGAGCUUUCAGACCUCAAAUAAUGCAAAGAAAACAAGUUCAUAUUCAUAAAGUUUUAAGAGUUCAGAAAUCUAUAUUUGGUGGAAUAACCCUGGUUUUUCCAGGUUUCCAUGUUCUCCUCCACCAGUCUUACACACUGCUUUUGGAUAACUUAAUGCUACUCACUACUGGUGCAAAAAUUCAAGCAGUUCAGUUUGGUUUGAUGGCUUGUGAUCAUCCAUCUUCCUCUUCAUUAUAUUCCAGAGGUUUUCAAUUUGGUAAAAUCAAGGAAACUGAACAUUUUGAAUGGUCUCUUAUUUGUUUCCAGAUAAAUUACCUACAUAAACACUUUAACCCUUAAAUCGCUACAGUAGUUAUUAAACAAUCUUCUGGCAGGCUUUAUAAGGUGUUAAACUAUGUUUGCCAUGUAAUGCCUGAUUAUAAAUGCCUACAUUAUGUAUUAUAUGAAUACAAGAUUAAUAGAAAGUUAAUAGUUUACUCUGAAGCAGCAGAUUCUGAUUGGUUGCCUAUUACUGUAAUUUUACCAAUCACAUCCUUUAAAAUCAAGUUAAAAAUGAUGGUUCUUUCUGUACACUUAUUAAAAACUUAUUUAUUGCAAAAAAAGCUUCAUGAAGUAAAGUUUGACAAAUGGGACUUUUACUGUGUAACUGAACUGCCUUAAUGUAAAUACUGUUUAUUGUAAAUAGUAUUUGAUUUAUUUUUGUUGCUUUUUUUAAACAAAUGAAAUGGAGGGGCACCAACACAUUACUCUGCGUCUUUUGCAGUGUGUCUAUAUUUUUGUUGUUUCAAAUAUUUUUAUUUUGUACUUAUUUUGUAGAUUUCCAAAUGAUAUUUCUAAAUCUGUUGUUUUUUUUUUUCGUGACAAAAGUUGUUUUUUGCCAACUGAAUGAAAAACCUAAUAAAAUCAACUUUUUGAAUAUUCAA